UAAGCAGCCCAGGCGAUGGAGAUCGAGAUUGGAGAUGAAAUUGCUAUUGUGGGAAUAGGAUGCAACUUUCCUGGAGGUGAUGGAAUUGACAAUUUCUGGAAAGUCCUGGAGGAAGGCAAAAACUGCACAGUAGAAAUCCCCCCCGAGAGAUUUAAUGCCAAAGAGUGGUAUGAUCCGGAUGAUAACAAGCCAGGAAAAAUAUGUACAACACGAGCUGCUCUUCUUAAUGAAUUUAAUUCAUUUGACAACCACCUGUUUGGGAUUAAUGAUCUGGAAGCUGAACGCAUGGAUCCACAACAGAAGUUACUGAUAGAAUGCACCUACAAAGCCCUGGAGGAUGCAGGAGUCCCUGUAGAAGCUGUCAGUGGCACCAAAACAGGUGUUUUUGUUGGUCUUAUGAAUCGAGACUAUGAAAUCGUAACGAGCAGAGCAGUGAAUGACAUAAAUCAUUAUGAUGGUACAGGAACAGCAAUGAGCAUUGCUGCAAACAGGGUCUCAUUCACAUUUAACCUGACUGGACCAUCACUGACUAUUGACACUGCAUGUUCAUCUUUUCUUUUUGCUCUGCACUACGCCUUGCGAGCAAUUAAAUCAGGGGACUGUGAGGCAGCAAUCUGUGGCGGAGUGAACUGCAUAAUAGAUCCCCGCACCUUUGUAUCUCUCAGUAAAGCAAAAAUGAUCUCUCCAGAGGGAAUAAGCAAACCCUUCUCCAAAAAGGCAGACGGCUAUGGAAGGGGAGAAGGCUGUGGUGUUGUUUUCCUCAAACCACUGAAAAAGGCAAAGGAAGACUACAGCAAAAUCUGGGGUGUUAUAAACAUCAGUGCAGUAAAUCAGAAUGGUAGGUCCAUAACUCCAAUCACAAGACCGUCUCAAGUAGAGCAAGAGAAGUUACUGCGCAGCAUUUAUGAAACUCAUGUUGAUCCCUCAGUUGUGCAGUACAUUGAAGCACACGGUACAGGAACUGCUGCUGGAGACCCUACUGAAGCUGAAAGCCUAGGUAGUGUCAUUUGUAAAAACAGGUCUUCACAAGUUUCCAUUCUGAAAAUGGGUUCAGUGAAAGGGAAUAUUGGCCACACUGAAUCAGCUGCUGGAGCAGCAGGGUUAAUCAAAGUGCUUCUGAUGAUGCAUCAUGGAAAGAUUGUUCCGUCCUUGCACUACUCAAAGGAGACGAGCAGCAUUGAUACAGAGAAAUUACACCUUGCAAUUCCCACAGCUGUAGAGCCCUGGGAAGAAUCCAGUGAGUAUGGAAGAGUAGCUGGCAUCAACUGCUUUGGAUUUGGAGGAACCAAUGCUCACGUUGUAGUCAGGCAGGUUAAGCAGCUAGAGCCCCUUCCUGCCUUUAAGAGGCCCCUUGAAUUAGUUCUGCUGUCCGCAGCAUCAAGUAAGUCCCUUCAGGUGACAAUGGCCGAUACAGCUGACCAGCUGAACACAAGAAACUCCAUAACUCUCCCAAGCCUGGCCUAUACAUCUGCCUGCAGACGAAGCCAUGCCAACUACAGGUACCGAAAAGCAUUUGUCACAAAUUCUCUCCAGCACUUGCAGCAAGAGGUUAUGUUGGCAGCAAGCACUGAACUUGCCAUGUCAAAGGUGGAACCACGCCUGGUGUUUGUGUUCUGUGGCAAUGGUGUAAUGGUGAAGGAGUUCAGUCUGACAUUGCUGAGCUCAGAGCCAGUGUUCAGAGACAAGUGUAAGGAAAUAGAAGCACUUUUUCGGAAACACGCUCCCAUCAGCCUCCUGCCAGCAAGAGGUCAUAGCCCAAAGGACUUGUUGAAUCCAGAGCUUUCCCAGCCCUUGCUUUUUACCCUGCAGGUUGCCUUAGCUUCCCUUCUGAAAUACUGGGGUAUUAAGCCAGAUGCUGUUGUUGGCCACUCAGUAGGGGAAGUUGCUGCUGCGCAUUUUGCUGGGUACCUUUCCCUGGCAGAUGCAGUCAAAGUGAUUUAUCACCGGAGCAGGCUGCAGGCAAAGACUGCCAGUGGCAGGAUGUUGGUGGUUGGAAACAUUCCUGUUGAAGAGAUUGCUGAACGUCUGCAUCACUACUUGGGAAAGGUGUGCAUUGCAGCUUUCAACAGCCCAGUUUCCUGCACCUUGUCUGGGAAUUCAGACUCUGUGGAUGCUGUCCGGAGAGAUUUAGCUCAAGCCUUCAGCCACAGAAACAUCUUUCUUCAUGUGUUAAAUGUCCCAGCUGCGUACCACAGCCCCAGCAUGGAUGUGAUACUUGGGGAGUUGGAAAAGAACAUACAGCCUUUAGAAAAACGGAAGGGGGAAACUGAAGUGAUUUCGACCCUGACUGGGGUGGCUGCUUCUGAAAAGGACUUUGCUCAGGGCAAAUUCUGGGCCCGGCAUACUCGCGAGCCUGUUGCUUUCACUCAAGCCAUCAAAACUGCAGCUAGAGACAGGGAAAAUGUGAUGUUUGUGGAAAUAAGUCCUCACCGAGCAUUGCAGCGAAGCAUAAAGGAAACUCUAGGAAAAGGCACAAAGGUGUUCUCUUCUUUGCAAACCGAUGCAGAGUAUCAGACACUCUUCACCCUGGUAGGAAAUCUGUUUGAACUGGGAUAUAAUCCCAACUGGCAGCACUUUUAUAAUGGGUAUCAAAGUGUUCCAGUGGCCAUUCCACGGUAUCAGUUUGAUCGCAAAAAACUCAUGGCCCGUCUGGAUAUCCAUCAACAAGCAAACCGAAGAGGUGUCAGCUCCAGUCAUCCUUUGAUUUAUGGCAUAAACAGUGAAAACAUGGAGUUUGGCUGCCUGCUGUCUCAUGACACAACAUCGUACUUAUAUGAGCACAAGAACAAUGGUGUGGCUUUAGUCCCUGGUGCUUUUUAUGUGGAACUUGGUCUGGCCUCUGUGAUGAGCAGCUCAAGACCUAAAGUGCCUCUGAGUGCUUGCCAGAUGAGUAUCAGUUUUUCUGCGCCAUGUGUUCUCACACAGAGCUCCCAAGUCUUGAGUAUCAAGCUGAGUCCACAAAAAGCAGUGACAGCUUUUGAGAUACUCUCUUCCUCCAAUGCAGUUUAUGCUGCAGGCCAAGUUACAAAGAGGCCUGAAGCUGUGGUGGAAGAAAGUACCAUUUCCUUCCAAGACAUCUAUCAAAGAUGCAGGUCAGUGGUUAGCAGAGAGGAGGUUUAUGAAGCACUCUCUCAGGUUGGCUUUCAGUAUGGCUCCAUAUUCCGGCAGCUCAGUGAUGUGCAUUAUUGCCAGGAACUAAAGGAAGCUAUAACAAGCAUAAAGGUGAACAAGGAGACCGUCGGAGAGAUGUACAACUACUGUAUCCAUCCAGUGCUGCUCGAUUGUUUUCUGCAGAUGACGGCUGUCAUGACCUCAAAGACAUUCCAGUCCAGAGCAGGCUUUCCUUCUGGGAUAGGCAGCCUGGUAGUGCUCCGACCACUGGAGGAAGAAAUGAUGAUGUAUAUGAGAACAAGCAAAUCCAUUGGGAACUGCCUAGAGGUCUGUGGAUGCUUUAUGGACAAACGUGGUUCCGUUUUGGCUGAACUCAAGCGCGUUGCCAUCACUUUCAUGAAGGAAGCAUCUUCCAGAGACAAUGAGUUCAUGUUUGAAAACAAGUGGAAAGAAGUCUCUCCUUCACAGAUGAUUGGACCUCCAGGGGCUAUGCCCAGAGUCCUAGUGUUUGCGGACAAAUUUGGGAUAGCUGAGCAGCUCAAAAAAUAUUUGCAUCCUGAUUCAAGACAUGUUACGUAUGAAGACUGGGAAGCCCUUUUGGAAGGCCACACACAGAAUAAAAUGAGAGCAGAGGUUGAGGAUUAUGAUGAAGUUCUGUUCCUGUGGGGAAUUCAAAAGUUGAAUGAAGAUUUCCCAAGCAAAGUGGUAGACCAAUUGGCAAAGUGUUGUGAAGCCUAUCGUCAAGUUAUUGUGGCAUUAAGAGAGAAAACGUCUCGCUGUUCAGUCAGAGUUAUCACCUACAGAACCACAGAAAGAAGUGUAGACCACAUUAACUGUGGGUUUGCAUUGUAUGGCAUGACCAGAACUUGUGUCGUUGAAGUUCCAGAAAUCACGUUUCAGAUGAUUGACCUCAGCUCUUCCAGUUCCCUGGACAUCUCAGUGCUAGCAGAUGUUCUUGUCAAAUACAAAGGUGUGGACUAUCCAGAAAUUUGCAUCAGCCAAGGAAGAAUUUACAUGGCUGAAAUCAGACGCUCACCUUUUGUAGAUGCAGAUUACAGCCAACCCAUAAGAUCUCUCCAGAAGUCAGAAACAUUCACUUUGUUCACUUCUGAUCCGUACACAGCAAAAGAUUUGUCUGCUGAAUUAUCCACCAGCACUGCCACUCAGCUUGAAAAACAGAGCGUUGAAAUUCGGGUGGAUAAAAUAUGUCUCCACUCAGAAGAUUAUUUUCCCAUUACUGUUUCUAGUCGUAACUUUGGUAAUACACUGUAUUGGAAUUCACAAGCAGUAGACAAACACAGACUUUUAGCUCUUGAUUUCAGUGGCACAGUAACAGCAACAGGUGUCGAUGUGAAGAAAGUUAAAGUGGGAGAUCAUGUGGCUUCAUGUUAUCCAGCUGCUGCGUCAUCCAGAGUUCAGAUUCCAGGAACAGUUUGUUUGAAUGUAAAGAAAUUCCCAUGCUUUCAGAAUGUCCCUUGUGUGUCAUACUUUAUCAUUGCAUGGGAAAUCUUCAAUCAGAGGUUACCCAAGGGGAAACAUGGCAGAACACUGGGUAUUAUUUCUACAGAGCCAUCAUCAGUUUUGUGCCAUGUUCUUUCUGCAGCAGCAGAAGAGAUGGGUUGGAGAACAGUACUCGCGAGGCCCACUCCUGAUAAGUUCCAGUAUAUAAACUUAUGCAAUGCCCUUGUUGUUCUUCCUCCAGUAAACAGACUGUCUCAGGAGGAUCUGGCCCACAUGUACUUUCUUAAAGAUGUGGUGAUAGUGUGUGGCAAUCGACAGUCUGAAUGUAUCCAGAAUGUCAGUGGAAUUGAUCAUGAAAAUAUCAGCUUUCAUACCCUUACACUUAGCAGCAUUUUCCAGAAAGCAUCUCUAAAGGAAUUGCAAAAGACUGUGCAUGCAUGGAUCAGUUCCAUGGAUAUGAAACAGUUUAGACAUCUAUCAGGUUCUGUUUUUCAGCAGACGGAGAACUUUGCAAGAAUGAACUCUGUGAUGUCCUAUUUUACCAGCAAAUCUGUCCCACUUGCUGUACUGAGAAGACAGAAGGACAUCACCAUGCUUUCAGAUAUACCGUUGUAUGAAUCCCAGAAGAAGUUGUUUAAGCAGAAUGCAGUUUACGUAGUAGUUGGGGGGCUCACUGGACUUGGCUUUGAAACAGUGAAAUUCAUAGCUAAGAAUGGAGGCGGGUGUAUUGCAAUACUCUCCAGGAGAAUUCCAAGCAAUGAGAAGCAAGAAGAGAUGAAGGCUUUGCAGCAGCAGUAUGAAGAGAGCAAAGUAGUGUUUGUGCAGUGUGAUGUUACUUCGACCAGUGAUGUUGAGAAAGCUUUCCAGUCCAUUGCGAACAUCUUUGCAGGGAGUCCAAUCAAAGGUGUGUUCCAAAGUGCUGUUGUUUUACACGAUGGCCGUCUUGAAGUUCUGAACUUGGCUGACUUUCAGAAAGUGCUGAGCCCAAAGGUAGCAGGGACCCUAAAUCUUCAUUGGGCUACCACAGGCCAGGAGCUUGACUACUUUGUGUGCUACUCCUCUGUUACUUCCUUUCUGGGAAAUUCCACUCAGGCAAACUAUGCAGCUGCAAACUCUUUCUUGGAUGUCUUCUGCCUCUACAGGAGGAACCGUGGGCUUUCAGGCCAAUCCAUUAACUGGGGUGCUUUGAACCUUGGUGUACUGUUCAAUCAAAACCAUAUUCAGAACAUUCUGGAAUCCAAGGGCAUAGACAUUCUGCAAGUGCAUGAAAUUCAUGAGUAUCUCAGGAAGAGCUUACUUAUGAAUAACCCGCAGCAAGCUGUCGCCAAAUUAAAUUUUCAAGCUUUAUUGCAUCAUGUUUUUUCUCGGAUUAUUUCACUCAAAAGUCGCUUCAUUUCACUUAUGUCAGAAGAAUUCAGGAACAAGCUUGAAACCUCUGAGGAAACUCAAGUCCAGGGUACUGCCUCAAUCAAAUCUGAAGACUACAUCACUUCACUGGUGAGUGACCUCACUGGAUUGAGCCCAGAUGAAUUAACCAUGAAUACCCCACUUUCAUCAUUGGGCAUAGACUCUAUGUUAGCGAUGACAAUUCAGAACCGUGUCUUUCAAGAGAGAAAGGUGGACAUACCUCUUCUGAAACUGCUUGAGCCUCACACAACUCUGUCAAGUUUAGUAGUAGUUUUAGAAGAAACAAGCAAUGCUAAUGGAAUAGUUGAGACAAAAAAUGCUGCGGUUGAAAGUGCAGAAAAUGGGAGCUGGCUAUAGGAGUCUUCUCACUCAGGAACUGUCUAACUUUGAAGAUACCUGCACCCUUUGUAGUAUCUCAGAAUACGUCAUUGCAGACAGAGAAGAACAUCUGGUGAUGCUGAAUGGUCUCUUCUGCAUCGACCCAGAAAAACCCACACCAGGUUCUUCUGCCAUUGCACUAGCUGUAUUAAUUUCAGUCAAUUGUUUGACUUGUUACUUUCAGUAUAUUUACCUUCAUUUUUUCAAUAUUUUAAACUGGAAAUAGGUAGAUUAAUACAUAUACAUUUUCAUUUGGCAAAUUUGUACGUUCAAUGCACAUUGCAUUUUUCAAACCAUAUUAAAGUCUUGAUGAAAAUGAUGUGUUUGUACUUCUAAAUGAUGAAUGUACAUGUAAAGCAGCACAGGAUUAUCACCAUUUUUGUCAUUAUAUUCUUAAUGUAUUAUUCUUUUUGGAAUAUUAUCAAAUGUGUAUAAAUACAGGCAUCUUUUUGAAAGACUUCUAGACGUUGUGAAUUUCAAAGGUUUCUUCUCAAAAAAUUGCACUUAAU